AAUACGCAACAGUACCCUUGUUAAUGAUAAUAAAGAGGUUGUUCUGAUCAACAAUAAUGAACAUUUUGUUGUCAAUGUGUCUUAUCGUUCCUAUAUAUUACUACGACUAGGGUGUAAUCGAGUUGUGACUUUUCAUCGCCUCUUCCAAACAAACCACUAAGACUUAGUUAUAAUGGAGAUCAAUCUCGAGACAAGGCUAAACAAGGCGUUUUGCGAAAAUAGAGACGAUGAGGUUAUUAGGCUUUGCAGUAUGACAGCAGAGGGUGCACUACUUAAGUGCAGUGUGCACAAUCACACAGUGCUUCAUGUAGCAUGUUACUCGAAAAAAUUUCAGUUGGCGAAUCAACUUAUCGAACAAUUACCCGAAAAUAUGCUCUGUGAGCUGCCUUAUCGGACGAACAAUUGGGGUUGCACCAUACUACAUGAUGCAUCCACAUCCAACAAAGGUCUAGACCUUGUAAGGAAGUUGCUUCAGAUAGCACCUCAGCUGCUGCACGCUCGAAACAACUGGGGCGAGACUGCUGUGUUUCAAACUUCCCGUUAUGGAAAGUGGAAGAAUUUCGAGUUUCUGGCAGGGGAAGUUGAUAAGUUUUGUGAAGUACAUAAAGAAGUUGAUCAUCUUCAGUUUUUCCAAAGAGAUGAUAAGACCACAAUUCUUCAUAUGGCUAUUCUUGCAGGAAAUUAUGAUAUAGCGCUUACAAUAGCAAGGAAGUAUCCACAUUUAUUUGGUGUACGAGCUCAAGAUCGGAUGACUGCCCUUCAAUUACUUGCAUGUAGUCCUACAGCUUUUAAAUCCGGAACUAAAUUGGGGUUUUUAAGAGAGCUUGUCUACUCAAGUGUUUCUGCUGAUGACCAACAGAUCUUGGAAAACGAAGGGGCGAAGGCAAAUAGCAUCAUCCAUAAAGCUCUUACAUUCAUAUUAGACACUGGUACACCUUGCUGCAUAUUACCCUUGAUGGAAGAAGUUCGGAUGAUGAAAAAGCGUCAUGAGAAUGCACUAAAGCUUGCUAAGAUUUUGAUCGAGUCUGACACUUCAUGGAAAGACACAUACAAGCCAUGUGCGGAGGUAAUACCUGUUAUAAUCGACACGAAUACCAUAUCAAGUCACAAGUUCGGAGAAGAGGGUUGGUCGAGUAGGACACAAAAAGAAACCAAGGGUGAUAGUUUGAGUGAUAGAAAGUCUUCAGUAAACAAUCUCUACCCGCAAGUGGAAGAUGACAUAGAAAGCUCGAAAACGAGUCAUAGUAUGUUAGACAAUGAUGAGACUCCAUUGCAUUUGGCAGUUAAGAAAGGUUGUAUCGAGAUUGUUGAUGAAAUACUUGACGUUUUCCCUCAAGCAGUGGGCUAUCUAAACCAUGUUCGACAAAACUUGUUUCAUGUAGCGAUAAAACAUCGAAAUUUAAGUAUUUUCAAGCUUGUAGACAGAGGAUUUCCUCUUGUUAGGGGACACUUAAGAGAUACUGAUGAUGAGGGUAACUCUAUCCUACACAUGGUUGGAUCUGCAAGGGAGGUUCUUGUUGAUGGGAAGUUGAAAAGUCCUGUUCUUCAAUUGUCUGAAGACUUGCUUCUGUUGGAGUACUUGAAAAAGUUAUGUCCUAGUUGCUUGGUUAAUCACCGGAAUAAUCAAAUGCUAACUGCUGAUGAACUAUUUGCUCUGAACAAUGAAACACUUCGUACUGAGGCAAAGGAAUGGCUAAAGAGAACCGCAGAACACUGCACCGUCGUUAUUGUUCUUGUCGCUACUGUCGCCUUUGCUGCUGCUUACACGAUACCAGGAGGCCCGAAUCAACAAACUGGUGUUCCGCUCCUCCUUGGACAGCCUUUCUUCUUAGUCUUUACCAUGACAGAUGUGCUUUCUCUGGGGUUUGCUUUGACUGCUGUCGUCAUAUUUUUGUCGAUCCUCACAUCGUCUUAUCAGUUAAAGGACUUCAAAAGGUCUCUUCCGCAGAAAUUAUUGUUGGGUUUUUCGCUUCUGUUUUUAUCUGUAUCGAUGAUGAUGGUUGCGUUUGCAGCGACUGUUAUACUCAUGAUAAAUAACAGAGAACAUUGGACUAAGAUCGCGGUUUAUGCUGUCGCUUUUUUUCCUGUUUGUAUCUUUGUGCUGUCUUAUAUUCCUCUUUACAUUGAGCUUGCUAAUACUUUUCAGUAUUGGGUUAAAAAGAUCGGUAAUUCCCUCCCUCGACUCGCCUGUGGUAGAAGCUAAGGCCUGCUUGGAGCAUUAUCUGAUUUUGAUCUGCAGCCUGCAGGUUUUAAGCAUUGGAUAGGGCUUCUUGUGUCACUAUUCUGUUUGUGCCAUAAGAUUUGUAAGCAUAAUGUGUAUAAACAUGCAUUGUUUGUAAUAAAGAUAUGAACCUUUUUUGAGA